GCACCUUGAGUGAUGCCCAAGAAGUUCCAAGGUGAAAACACCAAGUCGGCUGCUGCCCGCGCGAGGAAAGCUGAGGCAAAGGCAGCAGCCGAUGCCAAACGCCAGCAGGAGCUGGAGGAUGCCUACUGGAAGGAUGAAGACAAACACGUGAUGAGGAAGGAGCAGAGGAAGGAGGAGAGGGAGAAGCGGCGGCUGGAGCAGCUGGAGCGCAAGAAGGAGCUGCAGCGUCUGCUGGAGGAGGAGGACUCGAAGCUGAAGGGGAAGUCGCCCAAGCAGGUCACUCCGGGCAAAGUCACCAGGGCUCAGAUCGAGGAGACGAUCAGGAAAGACCAGCAGCAGAAGGAGAACACGGACUCAGUGGAGAAGGAGAAGACUCACUUGGAGGUGCCCUUGGAAGAGAACAUCAACAGGAGGGUCCUGGAGGAAGGGUCGGUGGAGGCCAGGACGAUUGAGGAUGCCAUCGCUGUCCUCAGCGUUGCCAACGAUCUGGACCGGCACCCCGAGCGCCGGAUGAAAGCUGCCUUCACG